CCUGUAACGAUUUUUAAUCUAUUUACAAACAAAUAUGUGAACCAUUUAUCCUGCAUGCUUCACAGAAUGAUUUAUAUACUCGUCUACGCAUCCACUAAGCAAUGCAGAUGACGUAAGGUUCCUUAAGAGAAUCGACACGGGCAUGCCCCGCCGGAAGCGCGCAGCAGAUGAGGCCGGAAGAAGAGUGAAAGUAAGCAGUGUGGAGCACAAUGAUGAAGAGACCCUGGUCAUAUCUGAUUCUGAACAUGAAGAGGAGGAAGAUUGCUCAUUUAAACGGUCCUCUUGGACAACCCGGUUGAAAAGAAGGGAGAAUCAGUCUCAUCUACAAAAGAUGACAGAAGAAGAUAUGCUGAACCUGGCCAUGAGACUGAGCACUCAGGAAGCAAACCGUGCUGCCCAGAGACAAGAGCUGGAAGACAACGACAUACAAAAAGCCAUAGCAGAAAGUCUUAAUGAAAGCUCUUUAAAAGCAUUGGAGGGUCAAAAUGAAGCAGCCAGCUCUACAGAUCAACCACAGCAGAAUGUAACAAGUGAGAUAUCACAUAGUCCGCUGCCAGAAAUGUCUGAUCCAUCACAGAAGACCUCCAUACAUCUUUCAAUAAGGAGUUCCCCAGCUCUGGUCUCCAGUCCUCCUGCUUCCACUCAGGACACGACCUCAGAUGAACAGACAGUCAUCAGCAACACUCCUGAGCUCUUCAAAUCUGUCUCUGAGUCCCAGUCUCAGACGUCCCCUGUCUUCACCAGGCAUGGCUGCUUAAUUCGCCAGCCUGUAGUAUGUGUUGAGAAACUGAGUCAGGACCUCAUCCCGGCAAGCAUAGACUCAAACUUUCACAUACAAGAUGGCGCUGCAGCUUCCAUUUGCUCUGACAGAUCUCUGUCCCCAAAGCAGGAAGAUUCACCCUUUUCCAAAUGCCCAGUCUUUACUCAGAAGGGCUUCAAACGAAAAAUGUAUUUGCCAGAGGACAAAGAUGGUCGUAAAAAUACUAAUGCAAGUGAAGACGAUACUCAAAUAUCUGAUGAAGAUAUUCAUUUACCAACACAAAAAACCCCUAACCUAAAGCAAGCGGAGGAUCAGACCACUUGGGAUGAGAAUGUAAAAUCUGACAAUGAAACUGCUCCGAACACUUGGAAUGAAUUUACUAGUCACAUGGUCUUACAUUUAACAGAUGAAGAUGAUGGCAGCGAAGAGUUUAUUUCCCCCAGCCCAGUCUUGCACAAGAACAUUUUUCAACCAGUCAAGACUGAGCUUUCCCCUACCCAGUCCUGCAUCUCUCCAGCUGUCUUCACACCCAAUCCUUCUACACAAGACACACAGAUGUCCCGGUCUGUCCUGGAGGAGGGCUCGAGAACAUCCAAAGGUGUGGAAUUCAAACCCUCCGACUGUAAAACUCCACAUACUUCAUUGGAAAAAGGAGAAUGCACUAUUUCUUACUUCUGGGGUGUGCCUUUCUGUCCCAUGGGGCAAAACCCGGAUGAGUACACGCGUGUGAUCUUGUGUCAAAUGGAGGUGUAUGAGAAGAGUCUGAAGGAGGCCCAGCGAGAGCUGCUACGCAAAGCAGACUGGGGAGAGCCAGUGAUUCCUGGCUCAUUAGAGAGGCCAUUUGGUGCAAGGAGAUGGAAGCGCCACAGGGCUUCUCAGUUGUCCGAGGAUGAGGAGGAGAAUGACAAAGAUGGAGAGAAAGAAAAUAACAGAAUAGAUGUAGAAGAAGAGAGGGAAGAGGAGUCUGUGGCGGGGUCACAAGAGGAUGCUGAGGGCAGACAGUGUGAAACAUAUGUAGUGGUGUCUUCUCCAGAGACAAAAGAUGAGCAAGAGGAAAAAAAACCUUUCUUCAGCCAGGAGGAGCCUGUAACUGCCACUUUAAAUAAACAUUUUAGAAGAAGUGCUUCAUGUGAAACUUCAGAUGAAACUCAAAUACAAUGUUCAGCUGAGCAGGAGGAAGAGGAGGCCCAGAAUCACGAGCAUUGUGAAGAGAAUGAUAUAAUUUGUCCAGAGACUCAGUUGACUCAAAACAGCACACCAGAACUAAUGGUGACCAGUCCUGCUCAGCCCCAGUCUCAUACUGGCAGUGAGGUGAUGGAGGUAGAGGAGGGAGGAGGUGCUCCUGUCGUAGAAGAGGAGAUGAUGGAGCAAGAGAGUGGUCCAGCAGAGGCAGCUCAUCUUCACAUCAAGAGACUGGAAUGCCCCAUGUGCUCCAAACUCUUCCCCCUCGGCAGGAUCGAGGUGCAUGCAGCUUUAUGUAAUGGCGAAAUAUACCACCAGGAGCAGCAAUCGCAAGGUUAGCUCUCUAAUAGCACUUUUUUAACUUUUCACUAUGCAAAUAGAUGUAAUAAAGAUCAGUCAAAUUCAGUAUAUAAAUAUUAUGUCGCCAACGUGGUUGUUAAUUGCCUCUGAGAUAUUUGUGAAUAGGUCAAGAAAUUAGUAAAGUGAAAUAUUUUGGGUUAUUGUAGUUGUUGCCCGAAGGAAAAGGACCAAAAUAAAUUUGACAGAGGAAACUCCGCAAUCUGGCAAAUCAACACAAAUGGAGAAGUGGAGUUUCCCAGAGUAUCCAGAACAUGACAAUUUGUGCAUUGAAAAGAAAGACUUAAGAGCUAAGAUGCCUUCAC